GAAAAGCAGACGAUUCGUUCAUUGCAUUCAUUACCGGUUCUUAGGAUUGCAUUCAUUUAGACAUCUAUUUCAGUCAUAAUUGGCUGCCAUUGGGAUGUCGUUUAGAUCUAAAUCAAAGCCCUACUCAUCGGCCAGAGGUCAACAGUCGUCCUCUUCAGACAAAUCCUUUCAAAUCAGUAGAACUCGAUUUGUGUCGAUAUCUGAGUUCAGGGGUCAGACCCGAGUGGAUGUGCGCGAGUUCUACACCGAUGACAACGGCGACCAAAAGCCCGGCAAGAAGGGCAUCAGUCUCUCGAUGGAUGAGUGGAACAAAUUGGUGUCGCUUUUGCCCAAAAUAGACAAAGCCAUCAAAAAAGUCGACGAUUCUGACGAUGAGUCGCAAGACUCUGUCGAUCGCAACAAACGCUCCAAGAAGUCCAAGGCAUCUGAUUCUGAUUCAGACGAUGAGUCCAGUCGUCGCAAGAAGUCCAAGUCGAUGCCACAGAAAAGCAAGAAAUCCGAGUCCGACGACGAUUCGGAUGAUGGCAUCAAGAAGUCGAAGACAUCUAAGAAAUCCGAUUCCGACGACGACUCGGAUGAUGGCCAUAAGAAAUCAAAGAAGUCGAAGAAGGCGUUGUCUGAUUCAGACUCCGAUUGAUUCAUGAUUCAAUCACUUCUCCACACAUCUCCUCAUUAUUUGUGGACAAAAGCAGUAUUUUAUUAUUUGUUUCAUUCAUUUCUAUUUGAUUUUUAAUUCAAUUCUUAAACAAAUAUCAGACGACUAUCAUCUAAAUAGC